AUAAAGCGGGAUUCGCCGGAAAAAUUUUAGAUUCUGACUUUUAACUCCAUUUUUUGCUAUUUUUAAUGUUUCUAUCGAGAAGUACUAAGUAUACUUAUUUAUUUCCAUUAUAUCCUUUCUAGUAAUUCGUGUAUGGAAUCUGGAACUACCAAGUGAAAGCAUUAAAUUUAGUCUAGUCACUAGUGAUUCUUGGAUGCUGGACAAUAGCAGACUGUUCGACAGAAGUGCGCUGACUGCCUGUGAGAUUCGUAAUGUGAAAAGUGAGAGUGUGAGACUGCAUAAAAGUAAGUAAGGUACGAAACGUUCUUAUUCCACGCCUGUGCCACCUCUAGCGACUGUUCGCACUGCACACCAUCUUCGACGUUCCGUCAAGCUCUUGUGAAUUGUCAAAUCUAUCGCCAUGGUCCCCGAAAGAACAGCACUUACGAAGCCGUUCGGGGACGUUCGCACGUACAAUUCCGGAAAACCGUACGAACUGAAAAUUCGCAUCCCUGGAGAUCGUGAUCACGAAAACUUCAUUACCCGGACAGUGGAAACAACAAGUCCCAACAACAUGAAAACGAAGCCUAAAACGCCGCCCCCGCUUGCUGGCGUGGAAGACCCCUUAGCUGACAAAUUCUCCGUAGAUCGCGAGAAAACAUGCCCUCUGCUUUUGCGAGUUUUUUGCAAUGUUGGCAGGCAUUUUUCCUUGAUGGAAUUCCUCAAUGGGAAUACACCUUCGGGAGAGUUACAAAUUUAUACGUGGAUGGAUGCUACACUCAAGGAGCUGACUGGUCUUAUCCGCGAGGUGCACCCGGACGCGCGUAAGCGGGGGACGUACUUCGAGUUCAACAUCGUGUUCCCUGAGCGUGGAUCAAGGCAGUAUCGCAACAGAGCCAUCGGUACCACUAAAAAUGGUGAAAGGGGACAAGAAGACAAUCUCACACUUGAGGCAGUCGAAUUUCAGAUCGGCGAUUUCCUUAGUGUCGCAAUCCAUCCGCCAGACCGCUUUGCAUGAAUUUGAUUAGAUUGUCAUCAGUGUGCAUCCAUCCGGACUGGCCGACCAUUCGUAUCCCAAUCCGAAAAUUUGCUGAUACCACAGAAGCCGAAUGACUGCCUUCAUAUGUUGGCGUGGACGUCUGAACUCUUUUCCUACACGUUUUAUACUGUCUUUUAAUGGCUUUUUGAAGCAAGAGGUUUUGGAGAACAACCACUUUUUUUGUUACUCUAAAUACGGGUAAAUGUCUUUUGGUAAUGGUGCUAGUAAGUUCUUUUGGUAGAGAAGAAUAUUUGCUGCACAUUAGCUUUUGGUGGUUCAUCUGUACACAACUUGUUUCCCCUGUUGGUCUUGUUGCAUAAUUAUUUUACGCUGCUUGUUUUUGCCAUGUGAAUAGGAAGACUGUUGUUCUGUUUUAAGAAGAGUUCUGAAAUUGGUUAAUAUUUAAUAAUCGAAUUAUCGAAACUUGAUCGGUAAUCUUACGAGUUGAAAUCGAAAUUAAA